AUGAGCCCUCCCGCCAAAACCACCGAAGAAGGAGACAUCAGAGCGCGCGAGAGAACGGAGGAAUUUCGAGCGCUCGUUUUAAAAAGUCGCUCUGAAAAGGAUGAUUCAGACGACAAAGAAGAAGCGUUCUUAUUAAGAGCACAGCGCAAAGAUGACGAUGAUUCCUACGCGAUUCUCUUAUCGAAAGAAGUAUCGAAAGCGGCGUUAAACGCACAGAUGCUUGCGCGAACGACCUCGCGCGCGAUCAAGAGAGACCAACUUAACGUGUAUUUUAACUUCGACGAGAAAGAGGACGCGAAGAAAGAACAGAUUCGAGAUUCAAUCGAGCGAGAAAUCGUGGAGUGCGUUCGAGAGAUGCAAAAUCACGUGAACCGAUGCGAAGAGAUUAUCAAGAACGGAGAAACGAAGAUGAUGCGAGAAGAGAGUUUGAGGAGGAGUUUUGGGCAAAAGAAGCGACAACAAUUCGUGGCGCAUUUACACGGCAUCGCUUUGAUUACUUCGGAGAAAAUCGAGGAGGUGGCGAAGACGUUGGAUUGGAUGCGCGCGAGGCGGUUUCGGGAACAGGCGGAGAAGGCGAAGCGGUUGGAGAGGAGACGAGGGGGGGACGCGAGGGUUGGGGUGGAAGCCGUGGCGAAGGAUUUGAUGAUGGUGAAAAAGCAGACGGCGAUGCCGGCGAGGAGGAGGACAAUUGAGAAUAGUAAUGGUAGCGGCGACGACGUAGGCGAUGGGAGUACUAGGAGUAGCGAACGAAGACAAAAUCAACAACAACAGCGGCAAGAAUUUGUCAACGAUUCGGACGCGUUGGUCGCGGAACUCGUGGAAGUUUCGAGAGGCACGCAAAGAGCGGAGAGUAAGAUUGUGGAGUUAUCCGCGUUGUCGUCCAUGUUUGCGAACGUGGUGUCGAAGCAAUCGCAACAAAUUGAAAAGAUUUAUACCGAGGCUUUGAAGACGACGAAAUUUUUAGACGUGGGUAACGUUGAGAUGCGGAAGACGAUCAGUCGCCGCAGGAGUGGAAGCAAUUACAUGGCUUUUGUCUUGUUCAUAGCUACGUUUGCGGUGUUGUUUUUAGAUUGGUUUAAUGACUAA